AUGGCACCCGGCCUCGUGGAGACCGCAACCGAGGUCACUCAAGCGGCCACCAAAAACCUGAAGGCCACUCUCAAGCCUACCGGUAACAUCCACAACUAUGUGCCUGGCCGCACCACCGUCAAGCAGCACGACGAGACGUACAAGUACGAAGAUCUCCGACCCCGCUUCCCCGAUAUCACUUGGCCAGCCCUUACCCCUGUCGAAUACCACGACAAGGGCCUGCUCGGUGAUGCCAACUUCAAGAACCUUCUCUCUUCCGCGACAGACGUCUUCGACUACAACCCCAAAGUCGGGACUGAGAUUCACGGCGUUGAUCUUGCCAACCUCACCGAUCUACAGAAGAACGACCUCGCGCGUUUGAUUGCUACCAGAGGCGUGGUAUUUUUUAGGGACCAGAAGAACUUUGGCAUCGACGAGCAGCGGGCACUGGGCAAGUACUUUGGCGAGCUUCACAGUCAUGCUACAACGGCGAUGCCCAGGAGGGAGGGCCUCGAGGACGUUCACGUUGUGUUCACGGGGGAGAAUUCACCAGAUCUGAGGGCUCUCUUUACACCUACUUUCCUAUGGCACUCGGAUGUCACAUACGAAGAGCAGCCCCCCUCCUACACCUCGCUCAAAGUCCUCAGCGGUCCGCCCCGCGGCGGCGGAGGCGACACCCUCUGGUCUUCCCAGUAUGCCGCUUACGACAUGCUUUCGCCCUACAUGCAAAAGUACCUUGAGUCUCUGACCGCCGUUCACUCAGCGGAUCUCCAAGCCCAGGGCACGCGUGAGCUCGGCCGGACCGUUCGCCGCGAGCCUGUCACUACUGCUCACCCUCUAGUUCGCACAAACCCGGUCACAGGCUGGAAGUCUCUCUUUUUCAACCCAGGCUUCGUCACCAAGAUCGUGGGCGUGCCGAAGACUGAGAGCGACGCUAUCAUUGCGCUUCUCAACGAGAUUGUAGCGACUAGCCCUGAGGUGCAGGUCCGCUUCCAAUGGAAUGAGGGCGACGUCGCAUUUUGGGAUAACCGUGUUUGCAACCACUCCGCGAGCUACGGCUUCGCUCCUCACCGGAGACACGCUGUCCGCGUAUGCUGCCGCGCGGAGCGUCCCUACCUUGAUCCGGAGAGCAAGAGCCAGGAGGACGACCUUUCGGAGAAGCACGGGAUCCCGAAGGCGAACAAGGACGGCUCAGGGAUCGUGAAUUACAAUGACUGA